AUGGCGAUUGCCACCGCGCGCACGUUGGCGUCAUCGAGCAUUCCAGCCGAGUCUUCCUCCCCUGCCGGUGCAUCGCCCGCUGCAGCGGCGACGGGGCCAACUGUGGCGCCGAAGAAACCGCGCCGUCGCAUCACAAGCAAGCUUGACGCAUCCGACCUGCUCAAGAGUGUGCCAAGCGAACCCGGUGCGCAUGCGGAGCUGUCGACCGCAGAGCUCGAGCGCAAAGUGGAGGAGAUGUCACGCAUGAGCUCGAAGCAGCUGGAGGAAGUGAUGCACAGGUUCGAGGAGCAGGAGAACGCGAGUAGUCGUGUGCUUAGUGAGGACUCGCUUUAUCAGAUGGAUGUUUCCCUGAAACCGCGCAGCUCUGGCGCUGUUCGGGUCUUCUGGAAAGACGUCGACGUGGUGGAGCUUAAAGACCACUACCCUGGAUGGUUCGCCGUGGUGGUGGACGGGCGCAAGGUGAAGGCUAUGAAGUCUUCGCAAGUGCUGGCAGUGCCAAGUGAGGCCAUGGCGUGCUGCUGUGCGCAGGAAUACGCUGAGCAGACCGGUUACAUCAACCAGCUUCUGAUGCCAAUGUCGGACAUCUGUAGCGGUGCCCUUCACAUUGCGCCGCAGAUGCUGGCCCCACGCAUCGACUACCUCCUCUCCUUUUUUCAAAGCGAUAACUUAUACUUCCGUGCUGCCCCGAUCGCGGCAAAGCAGGAUGUCAUGAUUGCCCCCAUCAUUUCCUGGUUCGAGCGCGUGUACGAGAUGGACGUGCCUCGUGUGGUGGGUAUUGGCGACCCACACAUCACGCCGCACGCGUCGGCCAAGAUGCGCGACGCUCUCAUCGCUAUGAACAUGAACCCAUAUCAGGUGCUCGCCAUGUGCGUCACAGCACAGUUCACAAGCAGUCUGCUGUUGCCGCUGGCGCUGUUCAGCGGCGUGGUGGAUCUCCCGACAGCGCUGGCGAUCAAUCGAGCUGAGGAGCACCACAGCAUUUCGGAGGCGGGGUUGGUGGAGGGUUACCACGACAUUCGCGAGGCGGAUGUCGUGACGAAGAUCUGCGCGUGCACAAUGACGUGGAGGCUGAUGAAGGAUGUGCCACUGGCCAAGUGCUUCGAGCUGCCGCGGGCUGCCGCAGCUAUGGAGGAGGCGGAGGCAGUUUAG